AUGUCACCAUACCAACUUAUAUACGGGAAGUCAUGUCAUCUCCCCGUAGAGUUAGAGCACAGGGCAUAUUGGGCGGUCAAGAAGCUCAAUUUUGAUUUCAAGAAGGCCGGCCAAGCUAGAGUCUUUCAACUCAAUGAGUUGGAUGAAUUUCGAAGUGAGGCAUUUGCAAACUCAAGUCUCUACAAAGAGAGGACCAAGAGGUUUCAUGAUAGGAUGAUCCACAAACGGGAAUUUGCACCCGGGGAUGAGGUCCUUCUCUUCAAUUCCCGCCUUUCACUCUUUCCGGGAAAGCUCAAGUCCAAAUGGUCGGGCCCAUUCCUCAUCAACAAGGUCUCCCCCAAUGGAGCUAUUGAAUUGAAGGGCAACGAUGGACGCACUUUUGUGGUGAAUGGCCAACGCAUUAAGGCAUACUUUUGA